AUGCAUUGUCCCCAGCAGGUUUCACAGCUUGAGAAUGGCUUCUAUGUGGCCAAGAAGAGACGAAUAUCUUCAGAUAGUGCCGACGCUGUUUAUGGCAGACGUUUCCUACACCUACAGUGCAUGGACAGUGAAACCAUUUUUCACACGGAAGACUGUAAUUCAUCAGGUUCCUCUAUGUUUUCUCCGUUGACAGAGGAUCUGAUGAUUAACACUCGUAAUAUUGAACAGUUCAGUUGCUCUCGGGGAAAUUUCUUUGUGUCAGGGGCCGAUGGUUUAUAUUCUAAAACAAUUUCUGGUGAAGUACUUCAUCUGUGGAGAUUCUGUCCUCAGAAAAGAAAGCUAUUUAUUUCUCGGUCUUUCCUCUUCAAGAAUGCCCAGGAUUUUCAUCAAGUACGGCAGAUGCUUCAGAGAUUAUAG